UAAAGUGCCAAAAGUGCUGGGGUAGCUCGUUCAUGGCGCGCAGCGCUGCAAACCAACUACUGAGGUAACCAAGCUAAAAAUAAACCAUGGCUAUUCUUGGCUUCUCCUGUCCAGGUGUGGCCCAUAGGCCAGAACCUGCACCGACAUAAGUCGUCUGGUGGAAAACGGCGACAGUGAAGGCCAUUUUGGGCCCAAGAUCCAAAAUGCUAACAUUGUUGAACAUUGUUCACGUUCUGUUCUAGAAGUAUUUAAGGAUAGACUGUCAGGCGAUAACCACUCUCGCGAAAGCAAUGCUCCGGAGGCCGAACAUGGCAUCUCAGAGUCAGCGUCUCGCCAAGAAGCGAGACAGGUCUGGUGAGAACUUUACCAAGGCAACGAAGAGUCUAUUAGCACGAUGCGACCGCCUAAGAGAGCGAUACAAAGCCGACGUUUACAUUCAAGUCCGUAGGAUGCACAAACACUACACGUAUACUUCAUCUAAUGAGCCGUCCUGGCCUAAGACAAAGGUGGAGAUGGACAGGAUGUACCCCGUCCCCGUGACAAGAACACCCCAAGACUUUGCUGGUAAGCGAAAUCGCGCACCGGCCAUCCAUACCCCACAGAAAACCGCAGCAGAGGAUCAGGCGCCCCGUAUUGCAGUGGGGGGGUCUUCACACGUAGAUCGUCGUAAUGUUCUGGCUCUGAACCAUGAAGAAGAUGCAUAUCCGUGUGACAAGCCAGUAGGGCAAGAGACGAUGUCUCCUGGAGGGCACAGCACUCGCUGCAUGGAAAACGGUAGAUGUGGUAAAACUAGCUAGCCAAAUCCAAAGCGUCUCCACAAUCAAUUGC